CACGGGGACAUCAACCACACCGUUCACGACGACCAACUGCAAGACAACACCUCCAGCGCGGAGAUCCCGGCUCGUACGACCUCCUAGUUCAAGUCCGAAUAUCUACACCGCAUCAGAACACUUUCAAAAAUAUAUAAUAUUCAUUCGAUAUAAUAUCAACCUGCGCAAUUCCACGCCUAAGCUUCCCUCCUCUCGCCACUCGUCCGCCCUCCGAUCUUCCGUGUUAGUGUUGGGGAAUCUCGAAUAUCAAACCAAACACUCGAGUCACUAGCCAUGUUUCCCACCUUUACUGGUAGCUCUAGGAAAGGUCGAAAUGUCAACCUCAGCGGUCAACGGACAAGCAACCCCUUCACCAGCACCUCAUGGGGCGCCGGUUCAGCGACGGGAGCUUCCAAAACAGUAGCGCAUGCCCAAGCAGAACGUCAGCAAAGGCAACAGGAACGAGACCGGCUCAGAGCGGCGCAACGAAUACAACGAACAUGGAGGGGACAUCGUGUGCGACGAACCCUACGAGAUGAACAACGCCAGGCUAUCGACCGUCUGUACGAAGCGCAACCCGUUGAUGCUGGGCAGAGGUCAGCGCAGGCAUUACCUCUGGUGUUUGCCGCCUUCCAAGCUUUCAACGUACAAGACCGUCACAGGCUAGCUUUGGUUACCGAAGAUCUUCUCCAGACAGACUUCUCUGCCUUUAGCUUGGUAUUCUUGGGGUGGGACAAACUGGGCAAACUAAGGCGGAUUUUACUUGCUGCUCUGACAAGGUGUGAUCUCGGAAACGAGCAGACUCAGGUGGCUCUUUUCCUACGGGCCCUUGAUGCGAUCAGGACCAAGACGUCGGACUUCGAGACGUUUGGACAAGUUCUGGGAGAGUGGUACAAGGUACUCGGAAGGUUAUGCCAGGAGACUGGUUUGCCCUCUUCUGUCCAAGAGCUCAUUUGCAGUCUGGUGGUUGCACCGCUUGAUGUACCCCACGAUUUAGACUUCAAACAUACAGCCUACCAAAACUUGGUUGUUUCUUUUCUGACACAGCCCGGCCCGGCGCGAUGCUCGGACCUGAUUACGAGACUAGCCGCCAACAUAGACCUAGAUCGGCUGUCAAAUUAUAUCAUUGACCUCUCGCAUAAGCUUUCAAAGCAUGACCCGAACGCUGUCCUCUGGCUUAUCGCACACUACAUUGCGAUCAAUGGGGCGAAGGAACAACGAAGCUCAAGGCUUCUUUUCAUCAAGACCCUAGAAUCACUCUUCCCUCUGUGCUCAGCCCAGAUAAGGGCGGGUUUUGCCGUUGCUCGACCAAAGGACACGGGUUACUUUGCGGAAGCCGAGCAAGAUGGAUCCGACGUUCUGCAUCCCUUUGUGCGACAACAGCUUCAGUCGCUAGUUGAUAAAGGAGCCAUCCAAGACCUUCUAAGCGCUUUUACCGCAACUACCGGGGAAACCUCUACUUCGGCGGAUGACGACGCCAGUUACCUCGCUGGUUUCAUCCUGACUUUGAUCAACUGCUUUCCUGCUUUUAGCGAGGACAUUCGCAUGUUCCUCUAUGUGGCUGACAUCUCCACUGCCCAAGGCCGUAUUCCAACGGCCAAGUACUUCUGGAGUGCUACACAAAAGACGUCCGUGUUCUCAGAGAUUGCGUCCAGCCAGGACUCCACGCUAGACUUUCUUCGACGCAAACCGUCAUCACCAGCUGCCGAGGCGGUGUGGCAUCGAGAAUGGAAAACUGUUCUUCUGUUCCUUGAAUCGUACAUCUUCGUUUUGCGGCUCAUGGACGACGAUGAUUUCUUCAGCACUUUAAACCCCCAUCCUAACUUCGGCGGCCCUUCCUCUCGACUACGUCUGGCGGGAAUGUCGCUGAGCGAACUGAAGCGCUUGACACAAUUUCUCAAGCACCUCAGUUUCACAAUGUACUACAAUGCUAAGGAGCUACUGACAAACAGCCCUUGGGCCGAGACGCCCAACUCGAAUCGCCCUAGAGGCGAUGGCGGUCAAGCUUCCAAAAAUGAUAGCUUCCUUCCUCCUGCCGGAGUUGAUUUCACUACGCUCAGAGACUUAGCAACGACAGCCAUGAAGAUGCUUUACGAACGGGACUCGAGACGACCAUUUUUGCCCGAAGGCCACUGGCUGAUGACAUCCAAGUUCGACAUGGAAGGGUUCCUUGCGGCUGUGGUUCUUGAAGAGCAGAGACAACACGAGCUGAGCAAUACCGAAGAUGGUGCCGACAGCUCCGAGGAUGAUCAACAGGAAUGGUCUCACUACGCACAUCUUGAGAGGCUCAGGCAGAAGAAUAGGAAGGCCGCCCGCAACCACUUAUUGUCUGCAAUCACCCCGAAGCUUGAGAUUCUGCGCAAUAUGCCUUUUGCUAUCCCAUUUGAGACGCGCGUUCAAAUCUUCCGACAGUUCAUCCAACUGGAUAAGCAGCGCAGACGUGGAGGAGAUGGCGAUCCAGACAUGUGGAGAGCUCAUAUGCUACGCAAUGGCUUUGGUGCCCAGCACCCCCUGGGUAAACACACGGCUCGGAUCCGAAGAGGUCGAGUUUUUGAGGAUGCCAUGAAACAGCUUUGGGAGUUGGGCGAAGGACUCAAAGAGCCGAUCCAGGUUACGUUUGAGGACGAAUUUGGAAUGCAGGAGGCGGGUAUCGAUGGCGGCGGCGUCACCAAAGAGUUCCUUGACAGCGUAACUACAGAGGCAUUUACCCACACCGAACUCUUUGUCACGAACAGCAAGAACGCAUACUACCCAAAUCCCACCCUUAUCGAUCGGAUCAGGAACAUGCGGGUAGGAGAACCGGAAGAAACACAGCGUGCUGUAGAACAGGUGCUCAAAAUGUACGAAUUCCUGGGGCGAAUUAUCGGCAAAUGCAUGUACGAGGGGAUCCUGAUCGACAUCGUCUUCGCCGGCUUCUUCCUCCUCAAAUGGGCCACCGCCAACGACACCCCAGGCGGCGGUAGCAACCCCCUAGCAUCAUCCUCCUCCACCACCGCCGGCUACCGCGCCAACAUCAACGACCUGCGCGAACUCGACGAGGAGCUCUACCAAGGCAUGCUAAGCCUCAAAAACUACACGGGCGACGUGCAAACCGACCUAGCUCUCGACUUCACCAUUACCGACCCCAUCAACUCACCCGGCGAACCCACCCGCACCAUCAUCCGCCCGCUAAUCCCCCACGGCGACUCGACGCCCGUCACCAACGAGAACCGCCCCCUCUACAUCUCCUACGUUGCCCGCCACCGCCUCGUCCGCCAACCCUACCCGCAAACGCGCGCUUUCCUGCGCGGUUUAGGCUCCGUCAUCGACCCCAGCUGGCUCUCCAUGUUCAACCAACUCGAGCUCCAACGCCUCGUCGGCGGCGACAGCUCCGAAAUCGACGUUGAAGAUCUCCGUCGCAACACGCACUACAACGGGGUGUACCAGAUCGGUCUUGAUGGGGAGGAGCACCCCACCAUUCAGAUCUUUUGGGAGGUGAUGCAUGAGCUGAAGGACGAGGAGAGGAGGGAGGUCCUGAAAUAUGUGACGUCAACGCCGAGAGCGCCGCUGUUGGGGUUUGGUCAGUUGAGGCCCUAUUUCACGAUCAGGGAUGCCGGGCAGGAUGAGGACCGGUUGCCGAGUGCGAGUACGUGUGUGAAUUUGCUCAAGCUGCCGCAGUAUCGGAGUAAGGGGAGACUGAAGGAGAAACUGCUGUAUGCGGUGAAGAGUGGGGCUGGGUUUAAUUUGAGUUAAGGAGGCCAAAUCAUUUAGGGCUGCGGUUAUGGGGUUGAAUAGUACAGAAGAGCGUGAGGAUCUGCGGUUGACAAGAUGGGAUUGAAUGGGAUGGGAUGUUGUUAGGUUUGGCGUUCAGACGGUUUUCUUGUCUCAAGUCUUGUUUGAGACUAAAAGCAUUAAAGCAGCUGAUAAUUCAUUCAUUCACUUGAAGCCAAAUUGACUGAUUGCUACUUCCUACUUGAUUAAGUGUAUAUUCGAUCAUCUUUCUCCAUCGUUGUAGUUAAAGCCCAAAGCAAUGAUUAACAUCUACUUCACGCACAU